AUGGAGAGUGCAAAGCUAUCUGCAGUGACUGCAUUGCUCUUCACUGGCUCCCCCCAGCUCCAGGAGAGUGGCUUCCUAUACUUUUUUCCUUUACUUUUCAUCUACACCUAUUUCCAAAUUAAUACAGAUGAAAUCCUCUUUGCUGUGAGACCGGACACCCAUCUCCACGAUCCCAUGUACAAUUUCAUCAGCAUCUUCUCCUUCCUGGAGAUCUGGUACACCGCCGCCACCAUCCCUAAGAUGCUCUCCAACCUCAUCAGUGAGAAGAAGACCAUCUCUUUUAUUGGCUGCCUCUUGCAGAUGUACUUCUUCCAUUCACUUGGAAACACUGAAGGAGACUUGCUGACUGUCAUGGCCAUUGACAGGUACCUCGCCAACUGUAACCCACUCUGCUACCCGACCAUCAUGACCCCCCAAAUACGCGCUCAGCUCUCUGCAGGCUCUUGUGUCUUUGGUUUCCUCAUCCUUCUACCUGAGAUUGUGUGGAUUUCUAGCCUGCCUUUCUGUGGCCCCAACCAAAUCCACCAGAUCUUCUGUGAUUUCACACUGUUAUUACAUUUAGCCUGUACGGAUGCCUCUGUGAUCUUAGUGCUAGAUGUGAUUCAUGCUCUGGCCAUUCUGAUAACAGGUCUGAUUAUUUCUUUUUCUUACAUCAGAAUUGUCAUUGUGAUCCUGGGCUUCCCUUCAGUGGAGGGUCGUAAAAAGGACUUCUCCACCUUUGCUGCCCACAUUGCUGUCUUCCUGCUAUUUUUUGGCAAUGUGGCCCUCAUGUAUCUCAGAUUCUCUGCCACGUAUACCCCAUUUGGGGAUGCUGCCAUCACUCUAACCUUCUCUGUCCUUACUCCCUUUUUCAAUCCCAUAAUAUACAGCCUGAGAAAUAAGGAUAUGAAAGAUACUAUUAAGAAGCUUCUUUGCAGAUCUAAGAUUACUAAGUUUCGGAUGAAGAUAGAGGAGGGUUCAGUGGGGAAAGUCUAA